CUCGCAAAUUCGCCAGUCGAAAGACGGCUAGGGAGCUAAGCAGAACCGAGAACGCUUGUCACCGCGACGGACUGUAAAUAAGUUUCAUUUUUUCGUCACGUUUGGGAUCAGUUGCGGUGGAUAAUGAAAAUACCUGUGAGUGAACUCUUAGUAUUUACAUCUUAGUUUCGCGUCUGAGGCUUAAAAGUUGAAAUCGUCGCAUGACGCGUCUCCGUUGUUUGUAUUGGCGUCAGUGGACCUGAAGGCGUUUCGAGAUGUUUUCAUACAUUUGGAUGAGCUUACGUGGACAGUUGGUUUGUUUUCUUUAACUUGGCGUGAUUUGAGUGCACUUGAUGUUCCUUAUGCAUUUGUGGAGGAUUUGAAUUAGCAGCCAUUUAAGCUGUCCUAGAGCCAGCCAGGCUGUCUGGCUGAUCAUCAUCAUCAUCUCAAGUGCACUGUUGUCAUUGAACUGCUCGGAUGCAACAGUUGCAUGUGCAUUUCUUGUAUAAAGUGGCUCAGAAGUCCGGCUCAUCUUUGUCCCCCCCUCUGAAUUGAACGCACACAUUGUGAUGAGUGAAAUCUGGGCUGUGAGCUCAAGGGGCAUGCAACCUGUCUUCUGUUGUGCGCACGUGAGGACAUGUCACUUCCAGCAGCAGCAGCAGCAUCAUGCAUCCUGAUGGCCGAAGCCGCCGCAGCAUCAUCAGCAGCAGGUCGGAUGUCCUCAUGCCCAGCAGCGCCGUCUACCCGUCUCUGGUCCUCGGCGUCGCGGCGGCGGUGCUGAUCGCCAAGCUCGGCUCUGGAGGACUCACUCUCACCUCGGUUUUCCUCAAACUCUUUUUUUAUGUGUCCUUCGCGUUGUUCUGUUUCCUGCUGGGGUGUCUCGGGCUGCUGGUGAAGAGAAGCCCCCUGAAGAUCAGCAGAUUUGACACCACAAGGAGACAGUCAUCGAAGCUCGUGGAUUUAUUCAAUAAGUUAAUGGGCCGGUUCUCUGUACCUCUGCUGGAUUCAGCCCAGACCAGGAGGGUUGUGGUGUCUCUCAAUGUGGAUAAAGCCCUUAAAGAAGUUUUUGACUACAGCUAUCGGGACUAUAUUCUGUCGUGGUAUGUCCCCUUGAGUCGAGAUGAGGGCCAUCUCUAUCAGAUGUUGCAUGAGGACUUUUGGGAAAUGACCAAACAGCUGCGAAUGCGUCUGUCUGAUGUGGAUGUGGUCAACCUGGUCUGUAACGACAUGGUCAAGACCCUCCACACACACUUCUGUGACCUUAAGGCUGCUAACUCAAGGCUGGAGGAAGUACCACGGCUGUUUCCGUUGCAUCCGUGUCUGCGCAGUCCUGAUGAGGAGCUGCGUUUCCUGCGCUGCUGCGCCCGUCUGCUCAUGCUGCGUCUGCUACCCGCACGGGACGCUCGUUCACGCAGUCUGCGCCUCUUACUGGUGGAGGUCGUCGCUACUAAAGUGCUAAAGCCGUUGGUGGAUGUGUUGAGUGAUCCGGACUACAUUAACUGCAUGCUGCUAGCUCAGUUAGAGCACCGAGAGCAGGUGAACGAGCAUCAUAAGAAAGCGUACACGUACGCGCCGUCCUACGAGGAGUUCAUCAAACUCAUCAGCAGCAGCUCUGACAUACAGUUCCUCAAACAGCUCAGGUAUCAGAUAGUUUGUGGAGAUCAGACCAGGCGACCACCAUUAGGCAGUAUCCCACAAGCUGGACGCUCUGCGAGUUCGGCUUUGAACAGGAAGCUGACAGAGUGUUUUCCGUCACUCAAGAAAGUCCAGCUUCCCUCACUCAGUAAACUGCCGUUCAAAUCCAUCGACCAAAAAUUCCUUGACAAAUCCAAAAGCCAACUUAACACGUUUUUACAGAAAGUGUUGACAGAAGAGCGCAUGUGUCAGAGUGAGGCGCUGUACGCGUUUCUCAGUCCGUCACCAGAGUACCUGAAGGUCAUCGACAUCCAGAAGAAAUCCUUCUUCUCUCUCGCAUCCUUCCUGGAGAGACUGCCGGGAGACUUCUUCUCACACCAGGAGGAUGAAGGUGAGGAUGACAGCGACCUCUCAGACUACGGUGAUGAGACGGACGUGAGGAAGGAUGCGCUGGCGGAGCCCUGCUUCAUGCUGAUCGGAGAGAUCUUUGAACUCAGGGGCAUGUUUAAGUGGGUGCGGAAAACACUAAUUGCACUAGUUCAGGUCACGUUUGGACGGACUAUAAACAAGCAAAUCAGAGACACUGUAAACUGGAUCUUCAGUGAGCAGAUGUUGGUUUACUACAUUAAUAUAUUCCGGGACACGUUUUGGCCCAACGGGAAACUUGCGCCUCAUAACAAAAGCCGCUCAGAGAGUGAACGCAGAGAAACCAAGAAAAGGGCACAACAGAAGCUUCUAGACAACAUCCCAGUUGAGGCAGAAAAUAUGAAAUCUGAUGAGUGCUCAAAAUGCACUUCAGAACCUCGUGGGGCAGCAGAACGCGAGAUACGGGAUCAUCCGGAUCUUUAA